AUGAUCGACAUUGUCCUCCUAGGCGCAACGGGCUACACAGGCCGCCUGUGUGCAUCAUACAUGGCCCAGGUCCUCCCGGGCAAUGUAUCAUGGGCCAUCGCAGGUCGCAGUGAGAGUAAACUCCAAGCUUUACACAAAGAACUACAGCUUGAAGAACCAAAAUGUACUGUGUACGCUCUUGACCUCGCUUCCGACGAAGCCAUCUCCGAACUCGUCAAGACAUCCCGUGUGAUUGUAAAUACUAUUGGUCCUUAUGCUACCACAUGUGGAACGGCUGUGAUCAGAGCCUGCGCUGAGAACGGCACCGAUUAUGUGGAUUGGUAA